CCCCCCCCCCCCCCCCAAAAAAAGGAAAAAAAAAAAAAAAACAGAGCAGCCUCAGAAUGAUCAAGAACGGUCACCACCAGCGCCACCAAGUGAGCGCAGCUGCGGGGAAAGACGCAGGGACGACCCACGCCCCUGCAGCGCGCAGUCCGGAGAAGAGGAGGCGAAGGAUCCGUGUGUGGUGCGACGGCUGCUACGACAUGGUGCAUUAUGGCCACUCGAACCAGCUGCGACAGGCCAAAGCUAUGGGAGAUUACCUCAUCGUUGGAGUGCACACAGACAGUGAGAUUUCAAAGCACAAGGGUCCGCCAGUCUUCACUCAGGACGAAAGGUACAAGAUGGUGCGGGCCAUAAAGUGGGUGGACGAAGUGGUGGAAGGAGCCCCUUACGUCACAACCCUCGGGACUCUCGACAAGUACAACAGCGACUUCUGUGUGCACGGAGAUGACAUAACUCUAACUGUGGAUGGGAAAGAUACCUAUGAAGAGGUGAAGAAGUCAGGACGCUAUAGAGAGUGUAAGAGGACGCAGGGAGUUUCCACUACAGACCUUGUUGGCAGGAUGCUUCUGAUGACCAAAGCACAUCACAGCAACAUUGACAGCUCAGACUAUCAGCAGCACACAGAUAACUUUGGAAAGAAGGGCCACAGCCCAUGGACGGGAGUGUCUCAGUUGCUGCAGACAUCUCAGAAGAUAAUUCAGUUCGCUACAGGCCAGGAGCCUCAACCCGGAGACACAAUUAUCUACGUCGCAGGAGCCUUCGACCUCUUUCACAUUGGCCAUGUUGACUUCCUGGAAGCGGUCCAUAAGCUUGCUGAAAAGCCGUACAUCAUAGUGGGGCUGCACUUUGAUCAGGAGGUGAAUCGUUACAAGGGAAAAAAUUAUCCCAUCAUGAAUGUCCAUGAGAGAACCCUCAGCGUGCUGGCAUGCAGAUAUGUAUCAGAAGUGGUGAUUGGCGCUCCCUUUCCUGUCACAAAAGAUCUGCUGGAUCAUUUUAAGGUUGAUCUUGUUUGCCAUGGUAAGACGGAAAUCUACCCUGACAAGGACGGAUCUGACCCUCAUGCUGAGCCAAGAAAAAGAGGCAUACUACGAACUGUGGACAGUGGGAAUAGCCUUACUACAGAUGCUAUUGUGCAAAGGAUAAUCAAAAAUAGUAGGUUGCUAUUUGAGGCAAGGAACAAGAAGAAAGAAGCUAAAGAGAUCGCUGUGAUCCAGGCCAUGAAGCGACAAGAGGAGGAAAAGACUAAAGGAAGAGCACAAGCUCUGCUGUAGACACGCACCACCACCUGUGGCUUUGACUUAACAGUGACAAGCUACAUUAAUAUAAACUGCUGUAAAGCAAAAUUAACUCUCCAUACGUGUUAUAGCAACCCUCGAUAAUAUCAGCAGUCUUUACAUUUGAAGGAUAUCAAACCUGCGGUGGGAUCAUUAGGUGUUUGUGUGUAGUACGAUAAAUUAUAAGCCAGAACAAUGAAUAUGUACUGUACCUGUAUCUCCAAAAGUCGAAUAUAUGCCUUUGGAUAUUUUAAACUUUUGUAAUUAUUUUGCCUUUUAACAAUGAAAAAUAAUGUUGAAGUUGUUUUUGGAUUUUGGCACAUUUGGAGUGCAGGUUGGAGAUGUGGAUGAAACAUUUAUUUAUCUAACAAGUGACUGGAAUUGUCACCACUUGGCUGUUGCUGCUUUUUGCACAGCAAUACUCCUAACCAUAACUAAUCAAAAUGUGUAUAUAUUGUAAUAAAGUGUGUAGGGAUUCUAAUUUAUAGCAGAAAUCAUGGGACACCCACCCCUGUGUUCCUGUUGAGUUAAACUGCUUAAACAGUUGGAACCUCACGUUAUCCACUCUGCACUGACGGCUCAGAAAUCUUCGGACCUGUUCUGUUUUAAUAACUGAGUUUUGUUGUUCUUUAAUCACAAACUCAACACACUAUUAAGACCUGAAAGUCUUGCCUUUUGAGGGGAAUUUUUUUAAACCUAAACCACUGCGAUUUCUGAAAAGAUAGAACUGUCUGCUUUAACUUUGGUUUUCAUUGCGUUAGUGGAGAUUAAUGAUAAAGUGUUGACUUGAACACAACAAGAUUUUAUACUUCUCCUAAAUCCCGAGAAGUCUAACAUCUGAGGAUAUCAAAUGAGAUCAAAUAAUAUAUUUUUUGUAGAAGUAUAUUUUACUCCACUCCAUUAGCUGCUGUAAAGAUCGUAGCGUAAUGUUUUAAAGCAUACUGUGUCUUCUUGUCAAGCUAAAAUGUUAGUGUUGCCUAUGAUCUGUGUUAUUGAUUACUUCCAAAGGACAUACUGUAUAAUAUAGAAAUCGACUGGAUUUAGAGUGUAUUAUUGCUAAUAAAAAAUACAUUCUGUAA